CAACGUGGGAGUGAGGGGUAGAGAGAAGUCUCUAAGGGACAGAGUUGUUGAAUGACAUACAGUUUUGUUUUAUUUUUGUAGCAAGCGGAGGAAACAAGCCCUUUAGACAGAAAAGACAUUUUACACAAACUGUUUCUUCGCAAGUCGUCCCGCUAAAGGUCAGACUUCAACAUUACAGCUGAGCCUGAGGAAAAGGCGAAAAAGUGACCUUACUUUCUUCCCCCACUAAAGUAUUUUUCACACAACUUUCUAUGAAUUUGGACGUUACAUUGUCUAAAGAACGUCUGCUCUAAUAUUGGAGGACAACAGAAGUCACACUUGACCACCGACAACUGAAAAGAUUUAUCUCAACAGACCGAAGGUUGUUUGUCAAAUGGUCCAUAAUAACUCGCAAAAGACGCACUCAAUUUUGGACAGACACAUGGAUUCGCUGGGACACCCUGGGCUACAAAAGUCACAUGGAAAAGGAGCGAGAAGAAAAGGACGGUUCAAAGGGUCUGGUGGCAGCACCUCUUCGGAUACAACAACCAACAGCUUUGUGCGACAGGGUUCGGCGGACUCCUACACCAGCCGUCCAUCAGACUCCGAUGUGUCCCUGGAGGAGGAUAAGGAGGCCGUGCGACGAGAGGCAGAGCGACAGGCUCAGGCACAGCUUGAGAAGGCCAAGACAAAACCUGUGGCAUUUGCUGUUCGCACAAAUGUCAACUACUGCGCCACCGUUGAGGACGACGUCCCUGUGCCGGGCAUGGCAAUCUCCUUUGAGGCUAAAGACUUCCUUCAUGUCAAAGAGAAGUUUAACAAUGACUGGUGGAUAGGGCGCCUGGUGAAGGAAGGCUGUGAAAUUGGUUUCAUCCCUAGUCCAGUGAAGAUCGAGAACACUCGGAUACAACACGAGCAGAGAGCCAAACAGGGCAAAUUCCACUCUAGUAAAUCAGGAGCGAACUCCUCAACCAGUUUAGGUGAAGUGGUUCCUAACUCGCGGAAAUCCACCCCACCUUCCUCUGCCAUUGACAUAGACGCCACAGGCUUAGAUCCCGAGGACAAUGAGCUUCCAGUCCACCUACGGUCCCCUAGACCCAGUCAGCCAAACACUGUCAUAUCUCCCACCCUAGCCAGAGAGAAACGAAUGCCCUUCUUUAAGAAGACGGAACACAUUCCUCCGUACGACGUUGUGCCUUCCAUGCGACCUGUGGUCCUGGUUGGACCGUCACUGAAGGGCUAUGAGGUGACAGACAUGAUGCAAAAAGCACUGUUUGACUUUUUGAAACAUCGAUUUGAGGGGAGAAUAUCAAUCACUCGAGUCACAGCGGACAUUUCUCUUGCCAAACGCUCAGUCCUCAACAACCCUAGUAAACACGCCAUCAUCGAGCGCUCAAACACGCGCUCCAACCUUGUGGCUGAAGUUCAGAGUGAGAUAGAGCGUAUCUUUGAACUGGCGCGGACCUUACAGCUGGUGGUUCUGGAUGCAGACACCAUCAAUCACCCGACCCAACUAGGCAAGACCUCCCUUGCCCCCAUCAUCGUCUAUGUCAAAAUCUCAUCUCCCAAGGUUUUGCAGAGGCUCAUAAAGUCCAGAGGGAAGUCUCAGGCCAAGCACCUUAACGUCCAGAUGGUGGCUGCAGACAAACUGGCCCAGUGCCCUCCCGAGAUGUUUGACAUCAUCCUGGAUGAGAACCAGUUGGAGGAUGCGUGUGAGCACAUGGCUGACUACUUGGAGGCCUACUGGAAGAGCACCCACCCUGCCAGCUGCACCCCCCCCAACUCGCUGAUGGCCAAGCAGGCCACGGCCACACUGCCCUCCAGCCCAGCUCCUGGGUCCGGCUUGCAGGGGAGCAGCGGGGCGGAGCAGAAAGCCGGGGAGAGGAAGGGCUCCAGGGAGGAGCACCACCACCACCACCACAGCCACCAGCAGAACCCGCCGGACGGGGAGGACGACGACGAGGCCGAAGGGGACGAGGAGGAGGAGGAGCAAAGGCCCCUCAGGACAGAGUCUUCCAGGAGGCCCCAGCACGUCCACCACUGCGCCUCCUCCCAGCGGGCCGACCACAACCACCACCACCACCACCACGGCGGGGGCCGGGGCAAAGGCUUCUCGCGGGGGGAGGUCCAGGACUCAGAGACCCCCGGGAGUCGGGAGAGCAGAGACUCAGCCUACAUAGAGCCCCACACUCACCAGGAGGAAGAGGAGGAGGAGGAGGAGGAGGACGACGACGACGAGAGGCUGGGAGAUGGGGGCCACCCGCAGAGCCGAUACGACACCCAGACCCAUUCCCGGGACAACAACCACCACCAUCAUCACCACCACCACCGAGCCAGCGGACCUGCCGGCGCCGAGGACAUAGGCCACGGCACCACGGGACACCACCGCUCCAAGGACCGCAACGAGCAGGAUCACAACGAGCGCAACAAGCCCCGCGUCCAUCACCACCACCAACGGCCGGCCCGUGACCACCACCACCAGUACUACGACAGGGACAGGGAGGCCGAAGUGGCCCACAAAAAGAGGGGCGACACAGGGGACUGGGUCAGAGACCCCUAUAUCCACCAGUGACAACCCAGCCCCUUGACCCCCCCCCCCCCCUCGCGGUGGGACUUAACCCCCUCUCUCCCAAACAGUUCCGUUGUCCUACCGUGCUGCUACACCCCACAGUCCUCUACAACCCCACCCCCCCACUCCGUUUAUAUACGCUUCCUUUGGCGGUUGCAUCCUUAGCAACAGCAGUAUUUUGAUUCUAUAUAAAUAUCUAAAUAUAAAUGUGUAUUGAUACAUAGACACUGCCCCGUUUAUGUGUGGAUACGCAUCUUCUAAAUAUGCAUAUUUUAAACCUGUGUUUGAUCAAGCAUGCCCCAACAGCAGAACCCUUUUCUGUACUGAGCUGUGCUUACUGUGACUAGCAUUUUUAUUGUUUUAAUACAUUGGUCUUUUUUUUUUUUUUUUGCUUGCGGCCACUUGAACAAGAACGUGUUCAUGCAGACUGCUGUUGGCGAUGACUCCUACCGACUGAGAGGCAGAAUGCGCUACAUUUUUGCGAUUGUUUUGUUUGAUUAAUUUAAUUUCUCCAGGUUCCUUGCUUGCUUUUUUUGUUAUUCAGUAUCUUCUAUUUUGGGCGUUGGUCCACUGAUGUUGAUGCUGCUUUUCCAUUGGGGCUCAGUUUAGUCUCGCCUUACAAAAAAGAAAUAGUGAAAUGACUUACUGUUCAACAUUACAGUAAUGUUGUUCUUCUAUUUAUAAAGGGUCCAGAAACAUUUUAUAACAUUGAUACAUACUCUGUUCAGCACUUUUACAACAGUAUACUGUAGACUGAUUUACGUUGUUGCUGAAUUCCGUUUAUCAGGUCCAACCAAGCCACUCUAACAGUAAGGGACUUUAUGAUGGUAUUGUAUGGCCAUUUUAUAAGGACAGUUCCAUGCACUUACUACAGUCAACUAAUGAAAACUCCUUGAGGUACCCCAAAAAUAUUUCCCUGUGCUGAGUGUUACGUUCCUACCUGUCCAACUGCCCAUUAUUUUUAUUUGGAUGUUUAAUUCAAGUUCAACCACAACCACUGAAAGAAAAUAACUGGAUGAUAAAGGUUAAGCUUUUCUGCUCAGCUGUAGUGUUCAAGAAUAUUUGUAAGAACCAAGUUAUAUACAGAGCCAAAAUUUUAUAUUUAGAAAAUGUAUUUCUAAAAAAUAUAUAACUCUAAAUACAUGGCUCUGGUUGCAACUUAGGACAGUUUUGCAUUGACGAGGUUAGGACAGAAGCCUAACUUAAGAUAUGUGUCAGAUAAUGAAACCGCUGAAUGUCUGACUUUUUAAGAUUGAUAUCCCUAGUGAGUUUCCCUAGUUCAGGCUUCCCUCUGUAAAGUAAGGGAGUGACGCAGCUCAAACAGCUCCUUAAUCCCUGUGUAGUGCACUACUUUUGGGGCCUAUUGGACUCUUGUCAGGAGUAGGGCCUACUACGUAGGUAGUAGCAUGCCAUUUGGGAUUCACAUAGGUCACAUCUCUGCCCCUCUUGUUUACAUUACCACCAGCCACCAGUCUCCUAGAACAAUUUGUAUCUUUUGUUUUUAAUUUUGCCUAACAUUAACUUAUGUAAAUGUAAAAUAUUAUAAUAUAUUAUUGUAAAAUCCAUUUGUAUGCUCCUCUAGUAGCACUACACAUUUUUAAGAGUGUAUAUUUGUAUGUACAUAUGUAUAAAUAAAAAAAAAUAAACUUGACAACAAAAGAUGAUGUAGAGGACAAGAAAA